CCUCUCCCCAUCAUACUUACAGCAUGUUUGGUGGAUAGGAAAACAGCAGGUGUCUGUAAGUCAGCCUGAUACAGAGUUAGAGAUAUUUGUUAUUUAUAAACUAUAUUAGUUUUUCUCUCCAGCUGUGUUGACACAAAAACCAAAACAGACAAACUUCAGAGUUGUGAUUUGAAGUCGUACAGGAUUGUCAAACAGUAGCCAGGUGAACAUGACGGACCUAUCAGCUCUCAUCCUAAAGAUGGCCUUUCUGCUGCUGCCUCUGCUGCACUGCACAGAUGCAAAGAUGGACAUCAUCACGAGUAAGCAAGAUGUUCUGUUGGGAGAAGAGAUCUUACUGCUUUGUAAAGCUGGGGCCGAGGGAGAAAUAACGUGGCUCAAGGAUGAGGAAGAAAUUGUUGAUGAAGAGAAGGUGACAAAGCAGGAUGAGACUUCCUCUAAACUGCACAUUAAGAAUGCAACGAUGCAGGAUGUGGGCAGAUAUAGCUGUGUGUGUGACUUUGACAGUGGAAAUCAAGAUAGAGUUUUUACACAGCUGUAUGUUUAUGAGGGUCCAUCAUUUGGAAGCACAAACGCCUACCAUGAAUUUCUGGAGGGCACAGACGGCAUUGUGCCAUGCCUGGUGAUGGGCCAGCCAGCCGUGGAUGUGCACUGGCUCAGAGACGGAGAGGAAAUCUCCUCGAAUGGAGGAAAGCAUGUGCGUCGGCUGCCUGACAACACAGUCCUGAUUGAAAAAGUGAAGAGGGAGGAUGCUGGGACGUAUGUGUGCCAGGCCCAGAUCAGAGGAAGGCCCGUCUUUAGGCAACUCUCUGUCUCUGUUGUCGUCAAUGCUCCUCCUUCUGUGCGUCUGAGAGAAGAGGUGAAAAAGGUUCUGGCCGGACCAGAGACCAACGUUUCCCUGCUGUGUUUGGUGGACGGUCUACCAAAACCCAACAUCACCUGGAACAUGCCGGUGACCUUUGACCCCUCACAUCAUCAGUUUAACUCGGACCGUAGCCAGUUGACUAUCAAGUCUGUUGCCAGGGGCGACUACGGAGAGUACAUCUGCACCGCCACCAACAAGAUCGCUGAGAGCACCGCUACCAUCAUGCUUCAUGUUUAUGAGGCCCCAGAGGUGUUUGUGUCAGCAGAGCAGCAGAGUGUGUCAGUGGGCGAGCUUGUGUCUGUGUCCUGUAACGUCUCCGGUCAUCCUCAGCCUGAGCUGCAUUGGCUCAACAAGCAAAAUGGACGCACACUGGACUCUGGCUCUGGUCGUGUCCGUGUUGAAGAUGGUGCGUUGGUGAUUGAUGAGGUGGUGCCCUCUGAUGGUGGACUGUAUUCCUGCAUGGCUGUCAGCAACUCGGGAAACGCAUCGAGAGACGUUGCAAUAUACACCCAGCCCGGUCCUCCUCACUACCAGUCAGUCUCACCUGGACCCACCUCAGUCCUCUUCUCCCUCAAAAGUCCCCUCGUCAGUGGAGGAACACCCAUCACUAGCUUCGUCCUGCAGUGGAGGCAAAGUGCAGCUGAACAGUGGAAGGAAGUCACAGUGCCAGCUUCAGAUAACCAGUUCCAGGCGUUGCAGUCAUAUCGCCUAGCUAUCAGCACCCUCCAGCCGUACACACUGUACACAGUGCGUCUGGCUGCCUUGAAUGCUGUGGGAGUGGGACAGUUCUCAGACACAAACACUGUGCACACACAGGGAACACAAGGUGAACCAGACCGUCCUGUUUUGUCGUCCGAUGAGAUGAAAGUGGAGGGAAACACCUUCUCUGUGCCUUUUAAACAGAUUGAUGAUGGUGGAACUCCUCUGCUGCACUUUGACCUACGAUACAGAAAGGAUAAAGAGGAUACGGAGUGGAAGGAGAAGCAGCUGCUGCCUGGUGCUGACUCCGUCACCCUGCAAGACCUGUCCUACGGCUCAGACUAUGAGCUGGAAGUCACAGCGGUCAACGCUAACGGUUCCUCUCUCCCUGCCCUGUUCAACUUUACUAUUGCAGAACAGCCUGUGAGCAGCAUGACAAAAGGCACCGUGUUCAGCAUUGUCAUGGUGAUCUUCCUGGUUGUAUUCCUGGUGGUGGACGCCACCUGCUGCUACAGAAACCGUUGCGGCCUGCUUAUGUCCAUCUCUACGAAACUGUUUGGACAGAAGGUCCCAGGCCUCAAAAUGCUUGAAGAAGGAGAGGGAACCACUAAUGGAGAAGUGAAGCUGAAUGGCUUAUCCACUCCGAGAGGCAGUGUGCAAAAUGCGGGGGUGCAGCUAUUCCCUAAGGAGGGGGGGGCGCUGCCAGAGAUCACCUGCGACAAAGCCUCCCUUACCAAACAUGAGAAAAAACCGCCAGGAUCAGACACUGCCGAUGCAUGAGGCCAGAAAUCGGAAGAAAAAAUAAAUGAAAUAAAUAAAAGUGUGAAUAAUUUAUAGACCAAAAAAGAAGAUCAAUAAAAAACAAUCACUCAGUUGUAUUAGCUGGGUCACAUUUGAUACAGCUGCUAUGAGAAAGGUCAGUCUUCACUGACAGACUGGAGGGGGAAAUCCUGAUUGUUGAGGUUUGUUAACACUUGGCGGUUUCACACAUCUGUGCUGUUAAAGUGAGACGACAGCUGGUUAACUAUCUCCCAGCUUAAAGUUAAAACAAAAACUGACACAGACUUCAUGCAGGAGGUGCCCUUUGUAGAUGUUGUUGUUGUUGUUGUUGUUGUUGUUGUUCUGUGUACUCUGAAUUAUAUUAGGAAAAAGGAAAAGUUUAUUUACAGGGUAAUCGUGAUGUCUGUGUUUUACAGGGUAAAAUGAUUUGUGUUAGAAAAAAAUGAAACAUUUUCUAAAAGUCACAAUCAAUGUUUACCUUAACAUUUUAAAUAUUGCACACAGACAGAUGGUCUCAUUUUAUUUCUACUCAAAUGCAUUGAAAAUAGGUUUUAUAUGUUAAUGAUGCUUUUUAUAUCUUUAUUUUCUUAACUGUUUUAUUUACAUGCAUCGUGGCCGCUCUUCUGAUAUAAAUUAUACAUCUUGUUCUUUUAGAUUAAAUAACACUGUUUUUUCUGAUACUGAUAAGUAUUUUCAGCUUGAACUAAACAUAUAUUACCUUUAUGUAAUCAUCAAGCACUAAUAUGUAUUGUUUUAAACCGUAAAUGAGAGAUAUUUAUCAUGAGAGGCUUUAAACUGAAGCCAUAUUUGACUUAACCAGAUUUACAAAGCAUUUUUUGUGUGGAAGAACUUGUAUAAAUGGUUGGCAACUACCACUAGAAGGGACUUGUACUAUACAUUUAUUAAUUAAAUAUUUUGGAAAUAUCCAUUUUAAAGUACCUGUAAUAAUAGGCAGCAUGUCAAACGUAAACACAAAACACAUUUGUUAUAUUCACUAUAUUCACUAAUAAAGUGUUUUGAUCCUGUUGUAAUAUUGUAUUGAUUGCUGUGAUACACGUGUUGUUACAUCUUUGUGAUUAAUAAAAACCUGGACUGU